AAACAGGGUAUAAACGUGGAGGGAAAGGGUGGUCGACAUUCAUUUUUGAAAAGUGCUGGUCGAAGAAACUUGCAGACAUAGAUACUUGUAUUUUAAACAACCAAUGUGGUCUUCCCGAUCAAGAGAAAUAAUGUUGGUGUCUUGUUUAAUAAUAUCUUUGAUUUCAGCAUUAGCAAAUGCACAAGAGAACAACAUUAGGCUCGUUGGUGGGUCUAUGAUGAGUAGAUUCGGUCGAGUCGAAGUGUUGCACAACGGAAAAUGGGGUACCAUCUGUGACAACGACUGGGAUCUGCGGGACGCCAAUGUAGUCUGCCGCUCCCUGGGGUUUGGUCAAGCUCUCCAAGCUGUGUCAGGUGCAGGAUUCGGGCGAGGCAAAGGACCUGUGCUUUUCGAUGGAGUAAACUGCUCAGGGGAUGAAAAAGAUAUCUUCGAGUGCGACAAUGCAGGAACCACCUCGUGCGGACAUGAUCAAGACGCAGGGGUUCGAUGUGCACAAUUUCCAGCAUCAAACAUCCGGUUAGUGAACGGCUCGAAUCCUACCGAAGGCCGGGUCGAGGUACUUGUCAACGGUACAUGGGGUACGGUCUGCCAUUCGUAUUGGGAGGAUACUGAUGCUGAGGUGGCGUGUCAGAGCCUGGGAUUCCCUAAAAUCGGUGUUGCUACCAUCCGAGCGAACUUUGGAGAGGGCACAGGACCAAUCUGGAUGGCUUUUACUCGAUGUACAGGAGACGAAGAGAAUCUCCUGGACUGUAGACAUACUGCCCCGGCACCGGCGUUUUGCGACCACAGCUCGGAUGCAGGGGUACAAUGUGAUCCAGCAUCAAUACUUCGUCUGGUUGGAGGUUCAUCCAGGUUUGAAGGCCGAGUUGAGAUGCACUACAACGGCAAAUGGGGAUCAGUUUGCAGCGAUCGAUUUAAUCGCGAUGAAGCCACUAUCGUGUGUCGAACACUUGGUUUGGGUUACCCUAGCCAUGUUUUCUACGACAACGAAUUCGGUGAAAGUAACUUGACCGAUGUGUAUAAAUUCAACUGCGACGGUUGGCGAUCAAGCAUUCUCCGUUGCGGAGAAAUCACUACCCACGAUUGUCGUUACGGACGAAACGUUGGUCUCCGCUGCCAUGAAGGAAUUUUCGCACCUACACGUCUUCGAGGAGGUCCUUCGAAUUCGCGACAGGAAGGUCGCGUCGAAGUCCUCUACAACGGCCAAUGGGGAACCGUCUGUGAUCGUGAUUGGACUCUCUUCAAACGACCUUCCAGUAUAGUUUGUAAUUCUAUAGGAUUAGGCUAUGCUGAAGAAGCAGUCAGCGGCGGCCGCUAUGAGACGAGUCCGGGACGUAUGGUUCUGGAUGACGUAUUCUGUUACGGUGGCGAACCUGAUAUCACACAGUGCGACAGUCGCGGUUUUGGGGUCGGUUAUUGUUUGCUUCAGGCAGAAGCAGGAGUGAAAUGUAUACGAAGUCCACAAGCAUCGAUCCGCCUAACCGGUGGCGAAUCGAUCUACGAGGGCCGAGUUGAGGUUCUAUACCGGUCUCAAUGGGCGAGUGUCUGCGAUGAUGGCUGGGAUCUGACUGCUGCCAACGUAGCGUGUCAAACUCUAGGAUACGGUCCUGCACUUGAAGCUAUCUCUUAUGCCGGCUUCGGUCAGGGGAGCUUUGCAAUUGCUUUGGAUGAGUUGAACUGCACUGGGGAUGAAGAUAGCCUCUUUCAAUGCAAGAAUCUUGGGAUCGGUGUCCAUGAUUGCGAACAUGGCGAAGACGUAGGAGUCCGUUGCUCCCCUCCGUUAUCAGGAUCAGUACGUGUCGUCAAUGGCCCCUCGAGGGAGGAAGGUCGGGUCGAAGUCUUCUACGACGGAGAGUGGGGAACCGUAUGUGAUGAUUUCUGGGAUGACACAGAUGCCAGUGUAGUUUGUCGAAUGCUUGGACUAGGUGACUCCGGAACUGCCGUCGGCUGUGCUAUCUACGGAGAAGGUUCAGGUGAUAUCAUUCUUGACAACGUCCGCUGUUUGGGAAAUGAAACAGAUCUCUACUCCUGUCCAAGUAAUCUUCCAUUGCAUCACGAUUGCGCACACUCAGAAGAUGCGGGAGUACGAUGCAGUAACUCACGAAGUAUUCGUGUAGUUGACGGACCAUCAGACAGCGAGGGACGAGUCGAAGUCUUCUAUAACGGCACUUGGGGAACCGUUUGUGAUAAUCAAUUUGAUAUGAACGCCGCCUACGUCGCGUGUCGUUCUCUUGGCUACAACUACGCCCUGGAGGUAAUCAGCCAGGCUGGGUAUGGAAUGGGAACAGGACCUGUCAUUCUUGCUGAUGUAAGAUGCUAUGGACCCGAGGAGAACCUUUUCCAGUGCCAGAAUAUUGGUCCAAUGAAUGCCUAUUGUAAACACCAUGAAGAUGUCGGUGUUAGUUGUUCCCGGAGCACAUCAACACCAAUCCGUCUUGUUAACGGCCCAGAUGAUAGAUCUGGACGAGUGGAGAUAUUAUUCAAACAACAAUGGGGGACUAUUUGUCACGACGGCUGGGACAAUGCUGAUGCCGCCGUGGUGUGUCGAAGUCUUGGUCUUGGUAACGAGGGAUACGCUCGAACGUAUGCUGCUUUUGGUGAGGGUACUGGUGACGUCAUCCUUGCCAAUCUCCGUUGUACCGGAGAGGAGACAGACCUCAUGGCCUGUCCAAGCACAGGUCCCCUCAACAACAGAUGCCUACACUUCCAAGAUGCAGGAGUCGUUUGUCCAUGAGAGAACGAGAUGGAAGCAGUCAAACCUGUGCAUUGCUAGCAGAUGACGUUUCAUUAUUGAUGCUUAAAUCAUUUUCCUUCUUAUUCUCAUACACUGCGAAAACUGUAGCGUAUGCCCAUAUACUGAAGUCGGGUUUGACAUAGACCAUGGUCUAACUUUGUGCUAAAAUUAUGGGGAGCCAAAAAUGCCAAAAUUUUGUUUAAAUUUUACGUUACUUAGGUUAACUGUAUACUUUCCUAAUUCUUCAAUGGUAUGAAGACAAUUAUCUUAUUCAUACUUCCCAGAGCAGAUUUAAUAGUAUUUAUGAACUGAUACAUUAAAACUCUAUAAUGUUAGAGAAUUAUGUCAAAUCAGCUAUCCAUAAUGAAACCACCACUUAGACCAAAGUUGACAUUAAAUCCGAUUUCAGAAUAUGGGCCAUAGUGUUUACAGCCCGGGGGGGGCACUUACAUUGACGAGUGGAUACCAUGCGCG